AGCGCUCAACCGCGAGCGCGAGUGCGAGCUGUUUUCAAGUUUUGUCGAGCAGUUCAGUUGGAUUUCAGUCACAGAGUCAGAGCGUCAGAUUCAGAUACGUCGUCGCCACAACAACCAGGCCAAAUCAAAACAGAACAUAAAACCAGAUAAAUACAACAAUCUAUAUAAACUUGAAUCGCAGGAGUAACAACAAAAACAACUGUCGCGUCACUGAAUGAAACAAUAAUUGAAUAAUUGCAAUAAAAAUACAAAUAAAAGUAAAAAAAACGAAAACGAAAAACAAGUACUGAGUAAGCAAGUCAAGGAGACACUAGCGUUCAAAGUACCCCACUAAAGCUGUUCUCUAUCUCCACCCCACACUCAAAUAAUUGCAGCUGAAUGCACGACUCCUUGCAGAAAGGCGAGACAACGUAUCACAUGAAGAUAUUGGUGCCCGCGGUGGCCUCCGGGGCCAUCAUCGGCAAAGGGGGCGAGACGAUCGCCUCCCUCCAGAAAGACACGGGUGCUAGGGUCAAGAUGUCAAAAUCCCAUGACUUCUACCCGGGCACUACUGAACGUGUGUGCCUGAUUACCGGCUCCACGGAGGCCAUCAUGUUCGUUUUGGACUUUAUCAUGGACAAAAUCCGUGAGAAGCCCGACCUAACCACAAAGAUCAUCGAUGCCGAGUCGAAACAGACCCAGGAGCGUGACAAGCAGGUCAAGAUCCUGGUUCCUAACUCGACCGCCGGCAUGAUCAUCGGCAAGGGGGGUGCCUUCAUUAAACAAAUCAAGGAGGAGAGCGGCUCCUACGUCCAGAUCUCGCAGAAGCCCAAGGAUGUAUCGCUGCAGGAGCGCUGCAUCACCAUCAUUGGCGACAAGGAGAACAACAAGAACGCCUGCAAAAUGAUCCUCUCGAAGAUCGUCGAGGACCCGCAGUCAGGCACCUGCCUUAACGUAUCCUACGCGGAUGUCAGUGGCCCGGUGGCCAACUUCAAUCCGACCGGUUCUCCGUAUGCCACCAACCAGAAUGCCAUCAAUUCGAGCACCGCCUCGCUCAACUCCACGCUGGGUACAACGAUCGGCGGCACUAGCUCCGCUGCCAGCCUGCUAGUCAACGGCACCGGCAUUAACUUGUCCAUCAACCUGGGCGCUCCCAAUCCGGCGCCCAAUCUAGCGGUUGCCACUCAACUUCUUGAGCAUAUUAAGGUUGCCAUGCGCGGCUCUGGAUAUUCGGAGACCGUCACCACUGAAGUCUGCGCCGCUUUGGGCGUGCUGGCCAAGUACGGCGUUCUCGCCAUGGGCGUGGGAGUACCGCACACCAAUGGCGCCCACUCGACACUGGGCAACUUCCUCGGGGUAACGACACUGGACCAGCAGACUGCGGCCGCCGCAUCCGCGGCCACCGCCAGCAACAUGUUCGGGGCCGUCGGCCAGGUGAAUCUGGAGCAGUAUGCCGCAGCAGCGGCCGCUGCAGCUGCCGCGACCCGACCGACGCAGACGCAACUGGACGCUGCUGCGGUCCAAUUCGAUCCAUUCCGCCACCUGGGCUCGGCCACGGCGCCGGCCACUACACCCGUAUCGCUGAACAACAACAGCUUCGGGCUGACGGCCGCCACGGGCACGGCGACCACGGCACAGCUGGGCGGACUCAGCAAGAGCCCCACCCCGGGCGACCUCAGUUCCAAGGACUCGAAGAACGUCGAGGUGCCGGAAGUGAUUAUCGGCGCUAUUCUAGGUCCGAACGGUCGUAGUUUAGUUGAAAUUCAACAUGUUUCUGGCGCAAAUGUGCAAAUUUCCAAAAAGGGCAUAUUCGCACCUGGCACUAGAAAUCGCAUUGUAACCAUAACUGGUCAGCCGAGUGCCAUUGCCAAAGCGCAAUAUCUAAUUGAACAGAAAAUCAACGAGGAGGAGACAAAGAGGGCGCGACAAAUUCCAUUAACCACUGUUGUGAAUUAAUAUCCAAGUAUAAAAAAAACCAAUCCAGCAAUCUAACAGAACAACAAGCAGGCAAAAAAGCAAAACAACAACAACCAAACAACCCCAAAAUCUCUCCCCCCCCUUCACAUAAGCAAGUUUUUUGUCUAAAACAUUUGUUAAUUUCUUCUUAAAAACGAAAAACCAUAUAAACAACAACAACAAUUUUAAAGUAAAUGAAAAAAACACUUAAAACUAAAAACACGUAAACCUAAAAUUGAAAUGACAUGAAGGGAUAACACCAAUUGUUAUACGUGCAGCUAAAAGUUAAGCGAUUAAUAAAUAAUAAUAAUGUAUUGCAAAGCUCCCAUUUACACUUUAUGAGUAAAACAGUUCAAGGCCUUCAACUCGAGAAAAUUUGCUUUAACUAACGCCCUUUCAAAGAAACAAAACAAGCAAAAAAAAAAAAUUAAUAAUAAUAAAAAAUGAAAAAAUAGUUAAAAUUGUAUAAUACUACUACCUACUACCUUCUACUAUAUAAAUUGUUGCAUUUGUUUGUCACACUCGAAACAGCCUAAAAUUGAAAAUUGAAAAUUGCAAACUCGAGAAUUAAAAAAACAAUCUUAAAGUUAUUGCCAGUUAGACUAUGUAGAUGCAAAGGAAAAUUGUUUGGGUUUUUGUUUGUGAUGCGUAUGUUUGCGUUGCGUGUUUUGUUUUUGGUACUCCCGACAAAGCUAUACGAUACCAUGGGGCAUAUAUAUUGUACAUAUAUAUACUGUAUAUGUACACAGUUGUUGAGUCUUGUUUAUAUAUAUAUAUUAUCCACACCCAUGCCUAUACAUAUACAUAUAUAUAUAAAUACAUAUGCCACCAUACACCUAAACACACACACACAUAACACAUAAAUACUAGCAUUAUGUUGAGCUAAAAAAAAAAAAAAAAUAUCCGAAAAUCUGUGUAAUGAUCGAGCGUUUUCAGUGAAAACUUGAGAAGAUUCUUACUCUCGAAAUAAGGUAAAUAUUUUACAAAAUACCACCCCACACACAGCAGCAAGAAGAACAACGAGAUAUGCACCCUCUUGCAUUAUAAAGUAACCUCAAGUGCUGACAGGCUAGUGAAAAUGAAAAAGAUACUACAGCAAAAUAUAGUGACUUUGUUGACAUUUGAUGUACUUUCGUUACCGUUUUCUGUUUUUUAUAUGUUGUUGGCCCCCUUUCAUAAUUGCUUAUCGCUGUUAAUAUGUUCACCUCCGAUUCUAUAUACUCUAAAGCCUGACCUCUAAACUCUGACCUCUGUGUAUAUGAACACUUUCCAAAAACGUUGAUUACAGUUGAUGUUGAUCAUGAUAAUGUUGUUUAGUUUUAAAGACGAUCCAGUCGGAUCGAGUGGUGUUAAUGUGUUGCGCGCGCACGUGAGUCUCCUUUUGGUUUUGAUUUUGUGCUCCCGAUUUGUUACUCCUUAUAUCUUUUGUUUUAUUUAUAUUUAUAAAGAAAAAAAAAAAUAAACACUGCGAUUUAUUAGUUGCCAGUUAGAGAACUGCACCUAUUAUUUUUUUGUCAUUAUGCGUUUGUUAACUACAUUUCCUUUUGGUAAAUUUAGCACAUUUGUUUCUUACAUUUUAAUUUUAAGUCUUACAUUUUCUGUCAUUUAAUGCAUCACAAUAUCUUAAUAGUGAAAAUACAACCACAAAAAAAAAUUAAAUAAUUCUUUGUAAAAUAUUCAUAUUAAAGCAUUCAUUUAGGGGUUUCUUCAUAUGUCAGAAAAAAAUGAUUCACCAAACCAAUUCUCUUGUUAAUUUUAAGUAUUGUGCAAUUAUUAAACAUUUUCAACAAACAUUUCACAAAAAUUCUAUGUACAUAUCUAUCUAGAAACGCAAUGUAAAGACAAAAGAUGUUAACAUCACAUUUAAAAGAUUUCCCUUUUCAUAUACACCUACACACCCACCCACACACAAAGACAAGUAUACCCAUACAAACACGAUCACCUACAGAGAGAGAAAUGCCUUACUUGUAAUGAACAUUUUCUUAUUUACUUUAUUCCUUACACAUAAUUAAGUUUAACAUUUUCUUUUUGAUUAAUAAACAAAGAUGAAACAAAAUUUAAAUAAAAAUUGAUUACAAAACAAUGAAAACCUGCAACGUUUAUUUCGUGUUUAAUUUGAAGCGCCCUGCGCAUCCACCGUCACGGCCUACCAUCCCCACUCAUAAGCUCACUAAAGCGCCCACAACCAGUACCACUAACACUCAAAACUUAUCCCCAACAACCAGUCUACAACAUUAUCAUGAACAAUCAAAUCAAUAUCAACUCAACAAUCAGUCAGUCAGCCUAUCAGUCAAUCAGUCAACCAACCACUUCUUUGCUCAGAUCGAUUUCAAUCAGAUUCAACUUCAGUUCAAUCACUGAGAACGCUCAUCAACGUAGUAGCAAAUGAAAAAGAUUAUAAAAAACAAACAAACAAACAAAUAAAAACAGCAACCAAUCCUAAGCUAAGCCUCUAUAUUUAAGUUACAAGUUGUUCUUAUUAAUUUUUGCUAUUAUUGUUAAAAACUUACCUACAUUUGUUCUUAUUUGUGCAAUAUUUAUAUAAUACGAUUAAAAUAUUAAAUCGAAUGAAAAACAA